GUGAGCAAUCCCCUGCAAAGCGGAGCAGGAUCUUCUUGAUACCCCUGACCCUGUGAGGAUACACUGAGACCUGGCUCUGCUAAAUGAUCUAAAGAUGAAGCCCUUCCUCUGGAGCCUCCUGUGUUGUGUUUUGCAACUGUUUUCUGAUGUUGCACAUGCCACGUACCACCUCAGAGCAGGGGAUUCUGAGCUGAUAACCGCACAAAGUUAUGCUCAGACCAGACACAAUGGUCAGCCAAAACUCAGGACGCUGAAUCCAACAAAUCACAGAAGUGAUUACACGUAUAGAGGAAGGUAUCACUACCACUACCAGCCACCCAGGAUCCCUCCACCGGUAGUGUAUCGACCUUUUCCUCUAUCUCCACCAGUGACUUACCACAGACCCCUGGUCCCCAUGCUGCCCUAUCACCACAGGUUCAGUGGGCCAGCCGCACCACAUGUGCGUCACAUAUACAAAGGUUUAUCUCCACCUCAGUCACAUCCCCAACACAGAGUCAAAGGCCCAUGGCUGUACAAACUGAAAGGUCCAUGCCCUACAAAGUCAGCACCACCGGCUCCUAUUGUAGUCCUCCCAACUCUACCAGAACCUACAAUGCAGUCAACGUUCCCAGCAGCAACAGUGGCACCAGUGGCAUUCAUCGUAACCACUGAGUCACCGGUGGAGACCCCUGCUCUUGGGACGCAACCGGUCAGUACCCAAAGCGGCCUCAUCUCCACCAUCAGUCCUGUGGAGACAGAGACACACUCUCAGUGCAGAAGCCGCCCCCUGGACCUGGUCUUCAUCAUUGACAGCUCUCGCAGUGUUCGUCCUGCUGAGUUCGAGAAGGUCAGAAUCUUCCUGGCCAACAUGGUGGACACCCUCGAUGUGGGCUCGGAUGCAACCAGGGUGGCUGUGGUCAACUAUGCCAGUACGGUCAAGAUAGAGUUCUUGCUCAAGAACCAUUUCAACAAACUUGACUUGAAGAAAGCCAUCGCCCGAAUUCAUCCCUUAGCGACAGGCACCAUGACUGGCCUCGCCAUCAAGACAGCAAUGAAAGAAGCCUUCAAUGAGCAGUCUGGAGCUCGGCCUCGCUCCAGGAACAUUUCCAAGGUGGCCAUCAUUGUGACUGAUGGGAGACCUCAAGACCAGGUAGAAGAAGUGUCCGCUGAGGCCCGGGCCUUGGGCAUAGAGAUCUAUGCUGUAGGUGUGGACCGUGCAGACAUGCGCUCCCUACAACUGAUGGCCAGUCUCCCUUUGGAGGACCAUGUCUUCUACGUGGAGACCUAUGGGGUUAUCGAGAAGCUCACCUCCAAGUUCAGGAAAACCCUGUGCGGUCUGGACCCUUGUGCCAUGGGACAUGACUGCGAGCACAUUUGCAUCAACAGCAAUGCCUCAUAUUACUGCAAGUGCCGGAACAGUUAUGUCUUGAAUGCAGACAAGAAAACAUGUUCUCUGAAAGAGGUGAGGGCGGAGGUGGUGGAGGAUCCCUGCAAAUGCGAGGCCAGGCUGGCUUUCCAGAAGCAGACACAGGCGGCCAUCCAACAGCUCACAGCCACGCUAGCUGACAUAUCUGGGAGAAUAGGGCAUCUGGAGAGCAUGUUGGGCCGUGCAUGAACCUUCACAUGCUGAAGCAGACAACUUCUGUGGGUUACUGCGUUCAUGGGCAUGAUCUUCCUGUCAUCUGCAACCUCUUCAGUACAGAUUUCAUCCAGAGUGACUAAGGCUGUGAUUUACAAUUCAGCGAUUUGCAGUUUACACUUAAUGCAUCACAUCUGAUGUUAAAAUCUGUUGUUUAUGGAACUAAUAUUAAGCUUUAUAGUCAUUGUUUAGUCCAACUAAAGAGCUUAUGAUUUUCACUGUUUUUGUUCAAACAUACUGUAUGUAUACAGUGCACUUUAUGCUUACUCAGUAAAUAAUUAAAUAUUUUUAAUUAAAUUUCUUUGGUAACUGAAGAAAAGUUAGCGAUUAUCGAUGUUAAAAUUGCAUUAAUUUAGAUUUAUAUGUAAAAAAUAACCAAACAUGUAGGUUUCAUAUAUUUUAAUGUUAUGAGGGGACAUGAUUGCCAAAAUAUAUAUGUAAAUGUAACAGACAGAAAAUAAACAUGAUAAAAAAUA